GUGUUUGAGACGUAGAUUUUCUUUCAAUUUCAAGCGCCGCGCACAAUUGAUUCAAUAUUUUCAGUACUGGCAUCUUCAUCAGCUUGAAACAUGGCUGAACACAAUAUGGAGCUGGAAGAGGUUGACCCUAGUGUGGAAUUUUUAUACAGGACAAUGUUACAACGAGAUCCGAAGAAACGUAGAGUGAAACCAGUGCAGCGUCAUCUCAUACAGGUGGAUUUUGGAGGGGGAGACGACAGUGAUGACGAUAGCGACUUUGAUGUGGAAAAACAUCACAAAGGCUCAGAUGAUUCGGACGCUGCUGAGCUCAGCGAUAAGGAAGACAACAACGAAGAUGACGAUGAGGACGAUAGCGAUGAUGACGAUGACGAUAGCGACUCCUCUAGUGAAGACGAAGAAGAAUAUCCCAAAGAACAUAAGCAUGUCGCUGAAGGACCCGACAUAAAGACCGCAGGUCUGGAGGUCCAGUCUGUCAGUGACACCAAACAGGAAGUGGUUCCCAGCACAAGUGGAAAUGGAAUAGUUGAGUCUAGCAGCUUGGCGGGCAGCAGUGUGUAUACCCUCUACCGACACAAACAGAUCCGUGUUACUAUUUGCUGUGUCUGCCUCGGAGAUAUUAGUGAAGAGGAUGAUGAGAUCGUUGAGUGUGAUAACUGUGGAGUGUCUGUCCAUGAAGGUUGCUAUGGAAUCAGUGAAAACCAGUCCAACGCCAGCACAGAGUCGUCGGCGAGCACAGAGCCCUGGUUCUGUGAUGCCUGUAAGGCAGAUUGUAAACCUACAUGUGAACUUUGUCCAAACCCUGGUGGGAUAUUCAAAGAAACAGAUGCUGGGAAGUGGGUUCACCUGGUUUGUGCUCUAUACACUCCUGGAGUAGCAUUUGGAGACGUAGACAAACUCAGCCCUGUUACCCUGUUUGAAAUGCCCUACUCCAGGUGGGGUGCACGGGAAUGUUCGCUGUGUGAAGAUGCACGGUUUAGCAGAACGGGCGUGUGUAUUAGCUGUGAUGCGGGCAUGUGCAGGACUUACUUCCAUGUCACAUGUGCCCAGAAGGAAGGUUUGCUGUCCGAGGCUGCUCCAGAGGAGUGCAUGGACAUUGCAGAUCCGUUCUUUGCCUACUGUAAGAUGCACGCUGACAAGAUGAUGGCACGAGCAAAACGUAGAAAUUGGCUCGCCAUACAGUCGCACAUAAAGAAACACACCGAGAAAGUUAUUGAAGAUGAAAAAGAGAAGAUGCGAUUUGACAGAAAAUUAAACCGACAUAGACAAAAGUACAAAAUAUCAAAAUUCAAGAGGCCACCAUCCUGGGUACCGACACAGAAGUUAGUGAGAUAUCUGACCUCCAGUCCGUCCUGUGUGAAGAAGAUGCUGAGGAAGGCCGAGCUGAUGGGAAUCAUCACACAGGUACAGCAUGUCACAGAGGAGAAACAGGAGAUGCGCAAGAAGACCCAUAUAUUGCCCGCCUUGUCUGUCGAAUUCAUCAGUUACUACCUUGAGAGAAACAGUAAGAUUGACAACAUCAAAAGGAACAUAACGGAAAAUGUAACACAGAACAGUAUACUACAGAAACAGGAGAACGUCCUCCGUCGACAGUACAACCAGGUAAGUAAUCACACAACAGUAUGCUACAGAAACAGGAGAACGUCCUCCGUCGCCAGUACGACCAGUACGACCCGGGAAUUAAUCACACAGCACAGUAUACUACAGAAACAGGAGAACGUCCUCUGUCGACAGUACGACCAGAACAGUAUACUACAGAAACAGGAGAACGUCCUCCGUCGACAGUACGACCAGCUGCUGGCUGAUGUUGACAGACUGAAGGACCAUUCAAAACAGCUGAAACAGGAGGGAGAGAACAUGUAUGGCAUGCUUACAGAAAUGGCAAUCAAGCCUCUCCCUAUGCCCGAGAUGUUCAAUACCAAGCGAGCUCCAGUCAAAACCAUGACCAGACAGGACAGUGUUCCCUGUGCUUCACCUCCAGCCAUCAUCAACCCGUGUGCAGUCUGUAAGAAGUCCUGUAACCCACACCUGUUGGUCAGGUGUGACUUGUGUAAGAAGCAUUACCACCUGGGCUGUCUGGAACCGCCACUCACUCGCAUGCCAAAGAAAACCAAGCUGAUGGGCUGGCAGUGUUCCCAGUGUGACAACUCGAGCAGUGGUCCAGAGGAAGGAACCAAAGGGGACAUAAACGCUCCACGUCGACUCCGGGAGAAAAUCAAGGAGCCUUUUAAAUGGUCACCUGACCUGAAAUAUGAAUUUGAAAAAUUACCAGCGAAGUACAGCGUGAAGGGAGGUGCCAAAAAGGGGAGACAGAAGAAAAGACUAAACAAGGAGGAUAUUCCGGCUGUUGACAGUCCCUGCACCAGUAAAGCAAGCCUGGAUACAUCAGACACUGCUGUCCCUAUAUUAAAGACUGAACCGAUGCCAGAAGCAUCAUUCAAGCUCAGUCAACCUCCGCCAGCUAAGAAACAGAAAGGGGGAAAAGAGGAACAUUUUCGAGGAGAGUUAAUGUGUGCAGUGUGUAAUGGGCUGGGCGAUUACACCAACACCGUCAGCUGUGAUGAGUGUAAACUGAGCUACCACUUUGGAUGUUUGGAUCCUCCGGCCAAGAAAUCUCCAAAACAACGUGGAUAUUCCUGGCACUGUGAGGCGUGUGAUCCUACAGACAACUCGGGAGAUGAGGAGGAAGAGGAGGAUAUGGAGGAUGAUGGUGGCAGCAAGAGCGAUGGAAAUGAUGUGAAAUAAAUCCUCUGUAAUACAUAUACCUGGUGCACUCCAGUGCUUUACCUCUGUGACACGUUAGACCACUGACUGUUUAGAACCCUUUCACCCCUAUGUAACUUAAGUAAACUCUUCCAUGCAUUGAUCUGGAUGAGUCCAUUAUGGUCUACAGUGGUGAAAGGGUUAAUAGCAUACCACGUAGUUUACCGUCACAAUUUAAUUUUGUUAAACACUAGCAGUAAACAGCUGUCUCCAAUAUUUCCUUAAUGAUAAUUGAUGACCAUUAGGUGCAGCUAAAUGUAUGAAGCUUGAACAUUUAAAUUAUGUAUUGCACUAUGCAAAGUACAUUUUAUCUGACCUAUUCGGGAAAAAAAUUGCUUUCAAAUUUAAUCUGUUUUUGAUUUCACCUUUUUCUGGCAAAUCUAUGAAGAAAAAAAUGUAAUGCAAGUGAAAAAUAUCAUGAAUUUCACCAAUUUUUUUACCAGGAUGAUGAUAUUUAUCAUGGCGAUCACGGAGGAUCCUGGGAGGUCAAACAUUAUUGAACAGAUGUCAAAACCGAUAACCAUUAUUUACAAACUUCCCUGAAAAUUGUGUAAUGAAGAUGUAUUUAGGCAAGUGUUUGGCGAUCUCUCUCUUCUCAAAUUGCUUUGAAUAGCCCGAAAGGCCUUUCCCAGGUUGUAACAGUUUCUCAAAGGUUGUACAGAAGUCAAAACAUCAAAACAGGUUACCAUUAUUUGCCAACUUGCUCAAAAGUGUGAUAAAGAUAUUUGUUGAGAGUUUUGGAGUGUCUGUAAUAACUCUCAUCCAAAGUUUUCUUAGGUUGUAACAGUUUUUCUGAUGUCCAGAAAGUUAAAUGACUGACCAUUGUGUACAGUAUACGUAGAAUGUUUUGCUAGUAAAACGGAUGGUGGUCAAGUUUAAAACUUGGCCCCAAGUGUCAAUUUAUUGGUGCUGUUUUCCGGAUGAGUCUAUAUUAUAAUUGUAUCCAAGAUGAAACAGAUCAUAUUUGUUUUAUUAACUUUAACUUGGUAAAGUGUUAGUGUACAUACAUACUGUGUAUAUAACAAGUGCAAUAAAUAUUGUGAAUCAU